CCAAAAUUGAUAGAAAAAACAAAAAGGAAAGGGUUUGAAAACAUAGUCCGCAUAUUUUUAACAAUGUGGCUGUCUACGAUUCUUUUCUUCGUUGUUGUUGCUGAAAUAUCUACCUAUUUGGAAAGAUCAGAUUGUCCUGAACAAAAAUUUUAUUAUAACCUUUUGUCAAAUCCAACUCGCAACAAGUUUGCCAAUCAAAUCUUAGUGUUUAAAGGGUUGGGCGAUCUAACGUUCGGGGAAUUAGCCACCAACUAUGACAAUGAAUCUUGCGUUGUUAAAAUUACCGGAGCAAGUCCACACCAACAUUACACGGGAAAAACAUACAUGAGUGUAGAAUUAAGGGACAAUCUUGGCGAGAAAAUAUUUGAGAUAGCCGUGCAAGGCACCACCAAUUUGUCACACAAUGAAAUUCCUAUGAGAGAAGGUUAUGUACUUGAAAUAUACCAUUUAGAGGUCCCCUUAAGGUUGUUCUCCCAAGAAGCCAUUGUAGAUACCAUCAACACUACCAAUAGUUGGCUAGUUACUCGAUAUGGGUUGAAAAACUUGAGACUCCGAAAUGAUCCUCUCUAUGACUUCGUAAAAAGGUUAGACGAGCAAGCGAUAACUUUGCUUAGCUCAAGUUUACAAUUCAUGGAGUCUGAAGAUCUACAACACCUAUUGAUUGCUAUCCUCUCUCUUCCACAACCACACCGUACCCUUUAUUUGAUGAAGUAUAUCUCAUUGUUCCCGAAGUGUGUUGUGGAACCUGAACUUAAUAAUAAAAUCGGUAAAAUCUACAAAGAAGGUAGUAUUGACAUUACCUUAAAACAAGACGUCGAAGAGUUAAUUGGCACGAAGAUGCAAUUAAAACGUGGUCAAGAUUUAGUUGUAGAAGAUACAAUAUACGAACACCAAACGCUAUUACAUUUUGAAGGUAUUCUGCACGGAAUUUACUCAGUGGAAUUUCACGGAAAAUCUGCGGAAAGAUAUGUAACUACUCCGCAGUACAUAGAAGUGAAAGAUUAUGAAAACUCAAUACAAUUCGGUUUUGAGAAAAUUAAUUGCAGUGUGCUUAUGGAUCAGUCGAUUGAAUUUUAUGGAUUAGGUCGGGCUUUGUUUGCUGUUCUAAGAGCUAGCUACGAGGAGGGCUCUAUUAUUAUGUCAGUAAUGCUUAGCGAAGCCCAUCCUUAUUUUGAAAACGGCAAUUAUGCCAUCAUUGUAGUUACAACAGGAGAUGGUGUGACUAAAUAUAGAAGAGAAAUCACUGGAUUAAAUAAUACCGUAAGUAUUGAUGUAUUACCACUGAUGGAGGAUGAUAUAAUUAAAGUUUACCAUAAGGAAGGAGCAAACAGAUUGCAGUCGAAGAACGUACUUAUUGACAAAUCAGGCCGAGUCAACAGUUGGCUUGUGACAAAAUACGGUUUACAAAAUCGGAACUAUAAAAAACAUGCUUUGGAUGCUCUGAUGGCAACUAUAGAUUCAAAGGCCGGAGAUAUUGUAAGGAGUCCUUUCAAAUAUAGUAUACCUUUUUUUUUAUCAGAAGAAAAGAAACAGAUUUUGGGAGCGGUUCAUUAUUUGCCAGACGCGCAGAAAUACCUUUAUCUUAAGAAAUAUCGUGCUUUAUUUCCGGAGAACAGAGGCACUUUCACCGUUUCAUUCAAGUUUGACUACCCUGAAGAGUUAGCAGGUUAUAAUGUUGGUAUACAAAAAGAAAACAUAAAUCAAAUCCAACAUGUUAAGGGACGUUAUUUGACUUUCAACAAUUUACCCUUCGGUUAUUAUACGAUUAGAGUUCCGGAAUAGAUUUUUAUAAAUCUUUGAUUCUAUUUCUAUAUAUUUUAUUGAAUUUCUUUGCGUGUUGUCCGUCCCUUUACCUGGCACUUAUUUAAUAAGUUACAUUAUGUUUUUGCAUUAAAUACAACAUAAAUUCAUUCAUUCUCUCAUGCGAAGACUUGGCCCAUGGUCUGCUACGCUGGCCUAACGCGGGUUCGGGACUUCAUACGUUUUCCGAGUGUUGUGAACCUUCUUCGAAGUGCAGAUAUCCUCACCAUGUUUACUUUCACAGAAAAGGUCGUGGUAUAUUUCAUAUUAAAUUUCACAUAUAAAUUCCGAAAAAUUCAGAUGGUCAGUAGGCCAAUUAAAAUCUCUCUAUGAAUUUCAUAUUUAAAUGUACUGGAGCGUUUUAUUCAAAAAAGUUAUUGACUUCAUUUGAUUCAUGGGUAUUUUCAAUAUCAGUUUAAAUGUUAUUGAUUAUUUUGAUAUAUACUUACGGAAUAAUCGCCUAGGCACACUUUACGAUUACACCCCACAUAAUGUUUUAGUGCUUCAUUAUUUAGACUAUAUGAGACAGGUAAUGAUUAUAAACAGUAUCUUUUUCUCAACAAUUCAAUAUUGGAACUUGGUUUUAAUUGUCCUGUAUUACACACAAACAAGUUCUGCCAGUAUAAAUUAUGAAUUUGAAUAUAUAGGGUGAAGAAUCUAAUUGUUGUCACUUUUAAUUCAGUUUA